AUUGGGACACGCUGACAGAACAACUUCAGGAUAUAAAAAGUGAGGACCCAUCUGUGGUUAAAGUGAGGAUCCAUCUGUAGUUGGAAAGAAGCAAAACUUUGAUGCUGGAUCCUGCGAUGCCAGAGGAACCCAGUAAAGACCCCAUGACAGUGCCAGCAGCCCCAGAAAGAGCUGUCAUGGAGAAGGCCAACAUCAAUGACCACACUCCGACUGUGACUAUAAUAGCUAUCCCUUUGGUCACUGAAAUCCAACUGAACGCGGCAACAGGUGGUGCAGAACUCUCCUGCUAUCGCUGCACAGUGCCAUUUGGUGUGGUCAUUCUCAUUGCCGGUAUUGUGGUCACUUCUGUGGCCUACAGCUUCAACUCACAUGGGUCCACCAUCUCUUACUUUGGGCUUGUACUACUAUCUGCUGGACUGGUGCUAUUGGCGCUAAGUGCGGUAUGCUGGAAGAUGAGACUUGAGAGAAAGAAGGAGAGGCGGAGGGAAAGCCAAACUGCAUUGGUCGCAAACCAGAGGAGCAUCUUUGCAUGAAGGGAAAGACUGAUCAUCAGGAGAGAAAUAAGUCUGUGAUAUGUUUGGGUGCGAGAGGAAACAGAGGUAGUGGUUCAUUUGAAAGCAGAGUGGAAACAGCUGUAUCCAGAUGUUUUCAUGACUGACCAACGUCUGUGGUGGGUCGUUGACCUGCAAGGCUUUGACCUCAGACUGUCUCUAGGCUAAGCAAGUCAAAACAUCUUAGCUUUCAUGAAGUUGUUGGGGUUUUAAUCUGUCAAACAGACUGGUCACAUCUGGGAAGCUGGGCAGACAGCCAAACUGAAUGUAUCAAAAUUAAGACAAAUUACCACUGUACAAAGCAAUGGAGAGGAUGUUUCCUCUCCAUUAAUCUACUGUUGCAUCUGGUGUCUUAGAUUUACUGGGAGGGAUAGUGGUCUGAAAAGAGGGGGACAUAGGAAAAUCCAUAACAAUGAAUCAUGUUUCAUUGACCAUGUUUUAGGCAUAACAUCUCUCAUAAAGUCUGAUUGUUCCUUUUCAUUUCACACAGAAUUAUGUUCAAUUACCUGACAUGGGAAUAUGGUACUUACAUGUUAAUAUGUAAUGAUAUAUAUUGGCAUUAUGGGGACACAAAAACGUGUUGUUUUUGUUUGAUGUUUAUUAUCGUAUUCUCUGAAACAAGUCGAGCUCAGAGAUAAAGUCAAUUAGACGUCACACAGUAAUUAUGUAUAGUACCUAUGAUGUACCUAUGAUGUUAUAGGUAGUAUUGCAUUAUGAGGGAAUAUGAUUAUUGACCAAAUAUAACUUACAUCGAAUUAACCUUUAUUAACUAUUCUCUGUAAGCACUGUUCCACACCAUGACUAACAUGGUAAACUAUGUAACUAUGACGACAAGAUUAUUUGGAAUUACUAGCAUCUUGCCACAGUCUUGUUGUCACUACAGUACUUGCCAUUGUCAGUAAAUGUAUUUCAUAUGUUGAGCGAUAUGAAAUGUUCUAGUAUUUUAUUCCACUUUAAUAUAAUCAUUUUUAUGUAUGACUUCUCUGUUAACAGUACAUCAAUUGUUAAUAGGUUAUAGUGAGGUUUAAUAAACUCUCAUCCAUAUUUAAACAUUUCA